GAGGGGUGGCGGCGGAAAGGGUCCUACGUAAGAUGGCGGCGGAGUGGUCAUGUGACGGUCGCUGAGGCGCCGCCGGCAUGGAGUGCUCCAAGGCUGAGAAAGGCCUCGAUGCGGGAGAGACGGAUGUCGAGGAACAAUUAGUCAUGGUUGAGCUGUCAGGAAUAAUUGACUCAGAUUUUCUGAAGAAAUGUGAGAAUAAAUGCAAGAUUUUGGGCAUAGACACAGAGAGGCCAAUUUUGCAAGUGGACAGAUAUGUCUUUGCUGGGGAAUACGAAGACAUUCUUGGUACCUGCGUGGUGUUUGAGGAGAACGAAGAUCAUGUAGAUGCGGAAGGUAACCAAAAAUUACAGCUAAAAUACAAGUGCCACACAAUGAAGAAGCUGAACAUGACACGGACUCUCCUGACUGAAAAGAAAGAAGGAGAAGAGAAUACAGGUGGUGGUGUGGAAUGGCUAGAACUUAAAGACAAAGAUUUCUCAUACAGCAGACCAAAAAUGAUUUGCAACUUCUUACAUGAAAAAGAAGAGGAGGUGGCUGAGUCUCAAGACAAAUUGGCAGAAGAGUCGGAUGGCGAAGCUGGUGACAUGGGAAACACUGAUCAGAGCUUUGAAUCGGAGAUGCAGCCUCCCAUUGAUGUGGAUGAAUUUGUCCCUCUUCCGGAUGCUGUUGGCUACAGUGCAACAGAUCUCUCCUCUGUGAACAGUCAGGAAGAUACUACCAUAGAAGAUUCUCCACAAUGAUGUCAAGUCUACAAUUCAGUAAUAGCAAUUAGCACUGAUAUAAUUCAGGUGCGACCUUGUGUUGCUUUUGAUUUGUCUGUAGCUUGAACUGGAGAAAUGACCACAAAUCUGUAAACUAGUUACAAUAUGAAGUCCACCUUCUGUGAGCUAAAUGGCCAUUCCUUGUAAGGCUCUUGAUGGGUUCUCUUCAUCAGUUCAGUGACUCUAUUGAGGAAGCUUUCAAGGGAUGUGUUUUGAGCAGAUUGGAUCUGCUCUCCUAAGGAGAAGGGAAGCAAACGCAAGCAUUUGGGUAUACCUGCUUGGAUCCCUGGAUUGUGGCUUCUCUUUAAAAGUCCAGUCCUUCCUGUUGAUAUCUUAUACGUACUUCAGUACAGUCUAAAAGCAGAAAACCAUGCCCAAAGAACAUCCACAACCCAUUUCUACUUCUUUUCAAAUGUAUAAGCAGAUAGUGUGUGUUUGUACAGUUUUGCAUGUGGACUUUCUCUUUCAAAUUGAUUGCUGGUUUGAACUUUACAGAGAAGUAUGUUGUUGAGCACCUACUGGACUGGUCUCUUUGAUUUGUUACUAUACAAGAAGUGUCCUCCUCUUCCAGAGCUUGGCCAAGUUAACUUUUUAGGAGUAUAAUUCCUCAAAUCUACGCUGCCAAUGAGACCGUUGUCCACACUAGCUAGGAGACUGGGGGAGUUGCAGUUCAAAAAGUAAAUUGUCGAAGCACUGUCUUGUCUUCUCACCCUCUUCUACCUCUAGGAUUGCCAGCAAAAGCAAAUAGUCCCAUAUAUUUCUCAGUAGGUACAGGGCAUGCUAUUACUAGGUACCUUGGGCAUUUUCAGUGCAAAGGACUGCACAGAGCCAUUUUGUUAUAUAUCUGGCUUCUUACUAACACCUGCUUUCAUUUUUUCAGCAAAUCUAUUUUUGUAACAUCAGCUGCUGUGAAAGAGCUGUUUCUCUUUGCUAGUAAAAUAUCUAAUUUUUGA